AUGGCUCCUCCUGUUCUCCCAUUCCGGGACAUCAAUCUCCAUGCGUCGCCUUCUCACUAUGCAUUUACAUCGCCCUCAUCUCGCCAGGCACCGACAUUGGUGGUGGACCGUCCAACGGGGGACUUGCGCCUGAACGAUGGUCCCCUCCCAGGGGCUAAGCGGAUCUCGAGUAUCGCAGGAAUCCUGGGAAUCCUCAAACUGAAGCUCGAUAAGUACAUCAUCGUCAUUACCAAGGCACAGCCCAUGGGUCGAUUGCGCGGUCACAUGGUCUACAAGGUGGCGGGCACCGAGUUCCUUCCUUUGCGCGAACGACCACUCCAUGAUAACGACGAAGAUGCCUAUCUCACACUUGUCAAGGACCUGCUCCGACGAGGCCCCAUGUACUUCUCCUACUCGCUGGAUAUUACCAACAACUUCCAACGGCAAUCCCAAAGUCCGACCAAUGUUCCCAUGUGGAAGACCGCGGACGAUCGCUUCUUCUGGAACCGCUUCAUUCAAUCAGACCUGAUUGAUUUUAGCGUGGGAGCAAACGAUACAAGCGGGGCUCGCUAUGGUCCCCAACCAGGGGCUGAUCCCUACAUUUUGCCGGUGAUGUUCGGCAUGUUGCGCAUUGUUCCUGCCAAGGUCAAAUCAACAUCAUUCACUUAUGCCCUUAUCACCCGGCGAGCCAGACACAGGGCAGGAACCAGAUACUUCUCUCGUGGAAUUGACGAGCAAGGUCAUGUGUCGAACUACAAUGAAACUGAGCAAAUAGUGAUCCUCAAUGACUCCAAAGGUGGACUCUCUGGGUUUGGAGGCGGUCAAUCCAUGACCAGUGGUAAGGCCAGCCAGGAUCUCCAGGUUUACUCAUUCGUGCAAACCAGAGGCAGUGUGCCCGUGUUCUGGGCCGAAGUCAACGACCUGAAAUACACCCCAAAGCUGCAGGUUCGGGGGGUGGAAACUGCGGUUGAAGCCGCACGGAAGCAUUUUACCGAGCAGAUCAACAUCUACGGAGAGAAUUACAUGGUCAACCUCGUGAACCAAAAGGGCAGGGAGGAGCGUGUCAAACGAGCAUAUGAACAGCUGGUUCGCACUUUAGUCUCUUCCUCGUCUGAGAGCACCGAAACUGAUGAAUUGACUCCUGAAAAGAUCCGCGUUCUGGAACCUGGGUCCAACCAAAAAGAGAUGGAUCGUUUGCACUACGUGUACUUUGAUUUCCACAAUGAGACCAAGGGUCUCAAGUGGCAUCGUGCAGAACUGCUGAUGGGCCGCUUGAAUGAUGGGCUGGUCCAAGGUGGGUACUUCCGUGGGGUUGAGAGCCCAGGUGCCCCCGAUGGACAAUUGGAUACUCGCUCCACGCAGACCAGCGUAGUUCGCACCAACUGCAUGGAUUGUUUGGAUCGUACCAAUGUGGUGCAGAGUAUGCUCGGCCGCUGGGCCGUCACCCGGCAACUUAUCGAUGCCGGUGUUCUUCGCACGGGGGAAACUGCAAACGACGAUAAAGAGUUUGAGAAUCUGUUCCGCAACAUUUGGGCGGAUAACGCAGAUGUGGUUUCCAAGUCUUACUCGGGCACUGGUGCCUUGAAGACCGAUUUCACUCGCACUGGCAAGCGCACCCGCGCAGGUAUGCUGCAAGAUCUGAACAACUCCAUCACUCGAUAUGUGCGCAACAACUUCAUGGACGGACCUCGGCAAGAUGGAUUCGACGUUUUCCUGGGCACCUACCUUCCCUCGGAUUCAAGCUUUGCAAACAUCCAAUUGUUCCUUGACCAGCGCCCACUUGUCAUACAGUCGGUCCCUUACAUUCUUGCUGCUAGCGUAUUUAUGGUUCUGGUGGCUCUCUUCACGAGACGACUGCCCGAUGCCACUGUCUGGCCUCUCCGUCUGUUCAUGAUCUUCUGGACUCUGGUGGCAGUUUACUGCUUCCGUUUCGUUCAUGGACACGGCAUGCUCUACGUCAACUGGCCCAAGCUCAACACGCCUGUCGCUGGCGCCGAAGGAUAUCAAGAUGCCCUUAUCAAGGCACGGUCUGAUCCAAUUGUCGGCAAGUGGCUACCUGCCAAGCGGCACCAACGGGGAAUCAGCAAUGCACGUCUCGUGUUCUUGGAGGAAGGAAAGACUAGGAUUGAGUAG